AUGCCGCCCACUUAUUCUGCCUGGCUGGGCGUCUACGUCGACCCGCUGCACCUCCUCGCCAGUGCCCGCACGCACAAUGCCAUCAGCGACGCACUGCACGUGCUUCGCCUCGUCGCAGUGCGCAGCGGCGCCAUGCGCACGCAGCGCCAGGAGCUCAGCGGCAUCUUCGCCUUGCCCCUCGAGCUGCUGCAGGAGAUCGAGUCGCGCCUCUUUGACGUGGCCUACAUCGACUUUCACCCGUGCCGCGCCAUCCUGGACGACCAUGCCGGAACUUCCGUCCCUCCGUGCUCGCGCUGCACGAAGAAGGCGAUUGCGCAGCGCAAGACUAAAGCGCCUGUGGACACAAGGGUGCGGCAGUGCGCGCUCUGUAGUGCACGCAAGGCCGAGGGACUGCACGGCAUCUCGUCGGAGCUGAUCGAGGCUCACUGCGCCGUUGAGCGCUCGGAGUUUGGGAUCUUCCACUACUCGGACGACUGUGAAGGCUGCGAUGGCUGUGGCUCCACGUGCAGCCGCACUGAGGUCAGAGGAUUGAUGCGGCUGGCUCAUUUCGAGUUCUUGUCUGGCCAUAAGGCGAAGCCCGAGUGGAAGGACAUCUCCAAGGCGCUUAGCACCUGGGCCCUCAGCAUCGUCUCGACUCCGUACUCGCACUACGACGAUGAAACUGAGCCGGACCCACCGUGCCACUUUGGCAUUGGCCAGCUCGCCGCGUGGGGCGUCGGCGUAGGACUCAAGCACGGCAAGACGCGAUCGCACUCGAGCGAGUUCACUGCUUCGGCCACGGCCGUCUUUGACGUCGAAGUGUCACUCGAGGCGCACCACGCCAUUGCUGAUGCGUGUGCGGCCAUGGCUCGUGGGCUUCGUCUUCCACUCCGCGCAGACCCGCGAGGCAGUGCCGGGCCGUCCAAAUUUCCUUUCGUCGAAGACGACCGCGAGACGACCGCGCUGACGUUGGACCUACCCGUCCCGUCGCCUGCCCGCGAUGGGAAGGUGCUCUUCAACGGUCCUCCGCCUCCCGUGCGCGCGGCCGUGCACUUUGAGGCAGAGAGAGACCUGUCCAUGUACGCCUAA